CGCACGAGUUCCGUGCAAUUACGAAUUGUGAUAAGAACUGUGCCUUGGAUUCUAGCCAACUUAAAUUGAGGCCCGUGCGGUGUGAAAAUUGUCACAAUGGCCUGUUGGUACUUGGAGCACCUAAGUACUAAGGAGCGAGUGAUCCUUCAUAAUGGAAAGAACACAAUUGGACGCCACUCGACCUGCAAGAUUGUGGUAACAUAUGCAUAUAUAUCUAGGAAGCAUGUCGAGAUUACAGUUAGUCCGAAUGAAGUCUUAGUCAGAUGCUUGAAUGCUCCGAAUGGUGUAUAUGUGAAUGCCGAGGAAAUUGCACAGGAUGGCGCGGUUGGCGUGCCUGUACGCGAGGGGGAUACAAUCUGCCUGGGUUGUCCAAUUCCGGAGAAGGUAUCGAGAACAUAUGCCGUUUUCAGGUUAAAGAAAGGAGCGGACUAUUCGGACCAAAUUGUAAUAUUAAGCGAUUCAGAUGACUCAGCUCCUUUGCCGCCUCUAAAGCCUGCUGCUGAAAUCAAAGUGGAAUCUGUCGCAAGCGAUAAUGCUGCCCCAAAUUCUGCUAGCAAAGAGACGGACAAGGGGAGUCCAACUGCAUCCAGUUCACAUCCGAUGCUUCACUUGCCGAAGUUACCACACGUUAAACCAGAGUUGGUACAGACGGCAAGAGAUAUUACAAACAUCUUUGGAGAGGCAGAUGAGACCAUUAUUGACAGUGUUCUGGAGAUAAAUCCGUAUUUGUACAAUCAUUUGUCCAAAGAUAAGCAAGCAGUCUCAAUCUCAAAGCUACACGAUGGUCAAGUGAUUGAGCUGGCUGAGAAGAAGGAUAGCCCGGAUGGUCUGCCCUGUCCUAAGCAGCCCGACCACGCGGACAGCAUCAGCAUGCCUCCGCCUUUUUCGCCUGCCACGUCUUUGGAGAAAAUUGUUGAGGAGUACGAUGAGGACAUGGCCAUGUCCCAGGCGGUUCUGCAAGAGAUGAAGGAGGAGAUGGCAUUGAGCGAUGGCGAGGAAAACUUUUUUGAUACAAAUAACAAUGGAAGCCGCUCCCACGGCUCACCCUUGUCUUCCAUUAAUGACGACGACAUCAUUGUGAUCACCGACAGCGAUGAUGAUGACCUAUGCAGCAAGGUGACCGACUGGUCCAACAAGCUCCUCAGCCAGAAAGCAAACGACGUCUUGUCACAGGCGUAUCCCAUGGCCGAUUCUGAUGCGGAGGAUGAUUUUCAAUCUCAAAUGAAAUUCCGAAACCUACCGAAGGCGCUUCGCAUGGUCGAUUCCAGCGAUGAGGAAUCCGAUCUGCUUGCCCCUCUCUUUCCCAAACGCUCCAAUCCACUCCGCAUUGAUUCCAGCUCGGAUGAGAGUGAUACUUCCACCCCCACCACCCGUAAAGCGGACAGGCUAUCGUCAAAGCCAUCUCCUAUGCGCAGGGGCGCGAAUCGCUCCAACUCCACCGAAGAUGAUUGCCAAUUGUUCACGCGGCGCCAGCGAAAAGAUCCGGACGACAUCUUUCAGGGGCCAGACUUUUCUUCAUCUACAUAUCCACAGAAGAAUGAUUAUGAUUGUAAGCUUAAUGACUGGGAUUUUGAUAGCGUGAUCUUUGGAGCCUUGAAUGACGAGUCCCCCAAUGAAGAUCUAACCAAGAAGUCCAACAUUAUCCAGGGCAGAGAUGAAAUAGAUUUAGAUGUUUCUAUGGAGGUUGGGCUGAUGGCCCACUCAAACGUAUCAAUGGAGAAAGCAGACACUUCUGGGAAGGAGCUAAAGGAAUCUCCAUCAGUAAAGAAAGCCGCUGCGGAGCCUGCAGUUGGCAACAAAGAUACCAAAAAGUCCAGAAUCUCCCAAAGACGAUCAACCAUAGGAGCCUCUCGCGAAGACUUGGCUCAAACGUAUGAAACCAAAGAUAAAUCGGAACCUGAAGCUUCUAACAAAAACUACACAAAGGAAAAAGAGUCUUCUGUAGAGAUAGAGGUGCCAUCUAAACCAAAUGAAGUGGAGAAAGCUGCAGUUGAGCCUGCAGCUUCCAGUAAGGAUACCAAGAAGUCUAGAAUCUCCCAUCGACGAAAAACCGUGUCAGGCUCUCGCGAAGACUUGGCUGGCACUUCUAUAGAGAAAACCAAAGAUAAAGUGGAGUCUGUAGUUUCAAACAAAAAUCACGCAAAGACGAAGGGGUCUUCCAUGGGAAAAGAGGUGCCAUCCAAACGAAAGGAAGUUCCUAAAGUGGAGCCUGCAGUUUCACACAAAAAGUCCAGAAUUUCUCGGCGCCCAUCAACCAUAGCCGUCUCUCGCGAAGAGUUUCUUGCCGCUUCUGGGGAGGAUCCCAAAGAAACUCCUGUAGAUAAAACCGAAGAUCAAGUGGAGUCGGCAGUUUCCAACAAAAAUGACGCGAAGGCGAAGGGAUCUUCUGUGGAGAAACGAAAGGAGGAUUCUAAGGUGGAGCCUGAAGAGUUUCUUGCCGCUUCUGGAGAAGAACCAAAAGAAACUCCUUCAGUAGAUCAGGGCCAAGUGGAGCCUGAAGUUUCCAAUAGGUCGAAAGAAAAUGAGCCACCACCUAAGCCAAGCCAGGAAUUUCCUCCGAAAAGAGAGCCCAAUGCACGACUUCGCAGCCGUGCCACUUCGUGCUACAACGAAAGACCCCAAGACGAGCCAGAUUUGGUGGCCAACAUUGUCAACGGCAUAGGCGUGAGGCUGAUUAGGGGACCAGAAGUGAUUGAGGCUCCUUCGUUGCCAAAGUGUCGCGGCAAGCUGCGCGGCGUUUCGGCUGUGCCCAAAGAUAAGGUUUUGGACCGCCAGCGAUUCCUUGACUAUCAGGCCGAUAUGAAUGCCAAAUGGAAGGAGAAGCCCAAACCGAAGAAAACGGUAGAUGACGAAACGAAGGACAAGCGUCGUGAGGCGCUCAAAAAACUGUCGGAGAAGAAGCCAGUCGAGAACACUUCCGAGCAAUCGGUCAACGGAAAGAGAAAAGCCCCAACCACUGUGCCAAAAGUAAGCAAUAAUAAUCGUGGUGCUUUCCUCACCGUGGGCAUCGAUGGACCGCCGCCCUCAAAGAUUCCCAGCAUGGACCUGCACAAGCCAAACAGGAGCCGACGUUCCACUAUUGACGUUGAAAGUUUUUCACAGCAGAUUCAGGCUACAGAUUUUCUGCCCAGGAGAAUCGGCCGUCCGCCAGAGCGUAAGGAGGCCGAGUAUGCAAGAAAUCAGCGAACAUGCAAUCGCGUCACCUUCGCCAGCAUGGAGAAGGAUAUGGAGGAAAAGUUGAGGCUCCAGAAAAUUUCGAAACGAGUGCGAUUCAGCGACAAGGUUCAGAUCAAAUUUAUCGAAGGUAGGCGUACGGCACGAGGCUCCCGCGGAGUGCACGGAAAAAAGGACACUGAGCUGCUAUUCUCCAGCACGUAUGACGAGAGACGUGAACGCUGGGCGCGCACUCAGGUGAACGAUCUAACGUCCCACUUCGAGACCAUCCUCAAGUGGGCAAAUCAAUGGCUGAAGCUGCGGAGUGUGGAUGCCGUGGCCAAUGCAGAUGUUCUGAAGCCCAUAGCCCUCGAGUUCGAGACCGUCAAGCAAUACAAGGAAAUCUUUGUGCCAUUGAUAAAACUCGAGUUGUUGACCACAAUCGAAAGGGAAUACAAAGUAGGGAGGGAGUCAUUUGAGGUCUGCCUGCAGUUUCCUGUUGAGGAAAAGAAUUCAUUUUACUGCCUGACUACGCGAGUGUUCACUAAACCGACAGGAAAGUAUAUGCUCUACACUCUAUCGAGUGGAGACAAGCUCAAGGAGACGUUUGCUAACCUUCGGGAGCAAGGAACAAAAAAUGGCCAUGAACUGGUUUUCGAAAUCUUAAAAGACGGCAUUUCUCUUGAGACAUUUGAGGGGAUAAAACUCUUGACUGCCCACCCUGUGGUGGACAGCUUGAGAGUGGAGCUGGGCGUCCUGCGAGCUGUCGAUCAGUUGUCACGCUCGCCACUCCAUCGAAAGAUUAUCAAGCCCGCCGAAAUGCUGAAGAAUGCCCAUAUACCCAGCUAUGGAACACCGUUUGUUUUUAAGGGUUUCGCCAAGCUCAACCCUCACCAGGAGGAUGUCUGCUCAAGCACGUAUCAACGUGUCAUAGACGAUGUAAAGCCAAGCAUUACGCUUAUUCAGGGUCCCCCAGGCACCGGCAAAUCCAUGGUGAUUGCGAACAUCAGCUUCCAGUGUCUGUAUGGAAAGGCGGUUAUAAAAAGGGACCGCAAGAUACUAAUCUGUGCCCACUCCAACACGGCCGUCGAUUCAAUUGUCUACCGACUGCACAAUGUGCGAGAAAACUUCAAUGAAAAGGAUCGUUUUCAUAUGCUUCGUUAUGGGCUGUACGAAAAGAUGAACACGCUGUCGCGCCAGUACUCGCUAGAGCAUAAGUACCAGAGCGCCAGGGCUCAAAAAAGAGAAUGUUUGACGCCCGAAAACAGAGCGAUUCUCAAAGAGCGCUACCUUGCGUUGCAAGCGGAGCUAAACAAGAUGAAGAUGAGGAAUCUCGAUGGCACCUGGCUGUUCGAUAGGUACCAGGAGAAGACGAAGCAACUGCUGAACUGGGAAGAGCAGCUCAACCCUCGAUUGACACAUCGCGAGGAGUACGAUAUUGCUCACUCUCUUAUAAAGGAAGCCAACAUUGUGUGCACCACACUCUCUUCGUGCGUGAAGCUGGGCAGUUUUAUUAACUACUUUGAUAUCUGUUUAAUUGACGAGGCAACACAAUGCACCGAGCCCUGGACCCUGCUGCCGAUGCGUUUCGGCAUUCCGCACCUGGUGUUGGUGGGCGAUACGCAGCAGUUGCCUGCCGUCGUGCUCUCCCAGAAGGCCGUCGACUUCGGUUUGUCUAAAUCAAUGUUCGAUCGCAUCCAGCGGAGCCUGGAGAAGCAGCAGGGGGUCCAGCCGAAUGGUCAUUUGUCCGUCCACACCAAGCUCUUUAGUCUGACCACGCAAUACCGCAUGCAUCCGGAGAUCUGUAAGUGGCCGAAUCGCUACUUCUACGAGGAUCGGCUAGUCAAUGGACAGGGCCUUGAUAUGUUUCUUGAUUCGCCCUUGAUUCCCUACUCUGUUAUCAACUUGAGCUUCACCAGCGACACCAGCGAUCCGAAAACUCGGAGCAUUAGAAACGAAGAGGAGGCUUGCUUUGUGGCCAAGCUCCUGGCAGAGAUGGAAAAUCAUUUGCCGAGCAAAGUCUACCUCUAUGGUCUGAUCUCGCCGUACACCAGCCAAUGCCAUACCCUGAGCCAAGUCAUUCCCAGUCACAUGAAGAUCAUGCCGCCACACACUGUGGAUGCCUAUCAGGGCAUGGAGAGCGAUGUGGUCGUCAUUUCGAAUGCCAGGACACGCGGCACCGGUUUCCUGUCCAACUACCAGAGGCUCAAUGUCGCCGUAACCAGGCCCAGGCGCUGUCUAAUCAUCUGCGGCAAUUUCAAUGAUCUUCAGAGCGUGCCAAUGUGGAAGAACCUGCUGGGCGAUGCCCGUAAGAGAGGGGUUUACUUUGACUUAAAGCGUGAGGAUGUUGCCAAUCUAAAAGAGUCUUUGAUGAGCAAACUAUUGGUCAAGACCCCAGAGAAGGCUGAUAAAGAUAAUUUAUAGUAAUAGAAAGAAAAAAAAAACAGAAAAAAGUGAGACUAAUGAAUUUUUUUUUUUUUGUUUUUUUUAUGCAUUACAAUGACAGGAGGAAAAUCGCAAGAAACGGUCUUCCCCCAAGAAUAGAAUUAAAUAAACGCCAUUUUCAGUUGGAUUUACAUUCAUA